GAAAUGAAUUACAGAAACAACAAUAUAGCACACUCAAAGCAGCAACAACAUCCGCAGAGAAAACAAACGAAAGGCUUAGAAGAUGAUUGGCACAAACUUUGGAAUAUUUCGUCCCGCGAAUGCUACAUCCGCCAGCAAUGGACCAAAUCAUCCGUCUGCAACAGCAUCGGCUCCAGGUCAAGAGACUUCUCAACUAAGUGAUUUUAUGCUGCAACUGGAAGAUUAUGUUCCCACAAUUCCAGAUGCAGUUACAUCUUUUUACCUAAAUUCGGCCGGCUUUGAUACCAACGAUCCACGUAUUGUGCGUCUAAUAUCUGUGGCAACACAAAAAUUCAUUUCCGAUGUGGCCAAUGACGCCCUACAGCAUUGUAAGACCCGCUCCAAUAACCAAAAUGGUGGCUCUAAAAUGCUAAAACCAACUAAAUACACCAUGACCAUGGAAGACUUGGCCCCAGCAUUAGCCGAUUAUGGCAUAACCGUGCGCAAAGCCCAAUAUUUCCCAUAGAUGAAUUGUUCACUUCUUUUAUUUUGUACGUGAGAUUUAAUAAAAUAUAUUCUAGGAAUUAAAUACAAAUAUAA